AUGACAUUAGGAUGUGCCGUUCGCCUGUUGGUGAGUUGGAAAAUCCCUGCCUGCCGUCUAUUCUGACGGCCAAACACCCACUGACCUCCUGUAUGCAAAUAACUUCUGCAAUAUGUAGAGAUGAAGUUUGCAAAUUAUUCUUGUUGUAAUCUUCAGAAGUUGUUGGCAGAAGCGCCCUCCUCAGCAUUCUUUAAGUCUUACAUGCACAAGGCUGCGGGCGCUCGGGAGCAUCUUCAUCCGAACCUUUUGAGCCAACGAAGCAAUUCUGCUCAUGUAGCCACGUGCCUCUCAGCAUCUAUCUCCUGUUCUGCGAAUGGAGUUUGGCGGCCUGAGCAUGCUCGAAAUCGCAAACAAGUAUGAGGCGGCUGGCCAAAAGAAAGAGGAAAACUCCCUGACGGAGCCGCCUGUAUUGGUGAACAAAUCGGACGCUGAGCCUGAUGGGGGUCCGGAGAAGACGAACAGGAAGGAAGCUAAUUUUCCAGAUGAUGAGCCAAACCCCGCAGAAGAGGCUCUGAAAGAGGCCAGCCUGGCGGCCCAACAAGCUGCUCAAAAAGCUGCGGCAGCCGUCUCACAGCUUGGGGGCAAGUUGUCGACUUGGUGGACCAACCUGGAUCCCCCCGCCGGCACAGAGUCCCAGAUAAAUCUUGCAGACAGCCGGACACUCGACGCGGCUCCGCAGGUUGCGCAGGAGGUCAACCUGCAAAGCACGUUUGGUCUGGGCGCUGAGGAGAAUCUGAUCGAGGCGUUUGCCUGUACACUGGUGCAAACGUACCGGUGUUUGCACAACGGCUACACCCCCGAACUCGUGAAGACGUACCGAGGGACCCUGUACAUAACGGAAAAGCACACGUGCUUCCUCUCGACCUCGGACGGCGAAACUGAAACUGCGUUCACUCUCGAGCAUGCAAAGGUGACGAGCGUUCUUCGACAGAGCCCCACGAGGGCCAACCAAUCGGCAACGCUCAAGCUCGUACAAAGUUCCGACAACUGGAUUGCCGUGCAGGACUUUGCCAGUGACGAGGAACUGGAGAGCGCCUUUGCCCUGUUGGAGCACAAGACAGACGAAACAAGCUAAUGUAAAGUAGAACAUACAGCCGUCGCUUCCCAUGCAACACUCGUCUUUUCCUGAGCGUCAUGCGGAGAUUCCUGGAACCGUCUGUACAUAUAAGUGGCUCCCUCUGAUAACUGCUUAACGAGCACUAUACCGGCAGGGAAGGGAGUCGUGCCAAUUUGACUAGCUGUAAGAUACUGCCAGGAUACUGCCUGGGUCAGUGCUUCACUUACCUGCACCGUUUGAAGAUGCAAGGCUCCCAUUCAGCAGAUACCAGGGCCGCGUCUCAGUAGUUGAUCCAUAUCCUAUUGUGCGCCGUUCAGCAUGACGCAGUUUGUCCACGCUGGCUGACAUCCGUGCGACUUCGUCUGACGAUCCCUUCUCGAAUCUGGACUCAGCAGACGUUGUGUGGCUCUAGCAAGACUCCGAAGGUCCGGCUAGUUUGGAGACAACAUUGUCAAAGACCAGAUUGGGCAGAACUCAGGAAAUCAUUAGGUGCCCGACUGCGACACAGUGAGCAGCUUUGUAGCAUUGGCGAUCUCAGUAAACAAGGUCGACGUACUUAGUCGUCCGAGGCUGUCCGGAUAUGCAAAUGCAGAUCGAAUUAUCGUACGCGCCCGGCGAAAGCACA